AUCUCCUGGGCUUUCGAUUAACUUUCACUUCCUCAUUUUGCAACGCGUUUCUUUUAUUGCAGCUUCUCUGACAACACCUGAAAGACGUGACCGCCUCUCAAGGCGUGUACAGCUGCAUUUGCCCACUGAUCCACACCACUGGAAAAAAAUCGCGAUUAAAAAAAAAAAACAUUUUUAAUGUCUUUCUUCGACAUUUGUGAAUUUUAAAUAAGGCUCGUUGACCCUCGACGACGACGCUGUGUCACAACUGUGUUUUUUUAAAGUCCUCUCAUCAAGCUUUGUUAAAACGUGACUUUCAUCACGUUCCAACUUGAAAGCGAGCUUCUUUUUUGGUGAUGAACGUUUAUCUCGUUGGAUCGACGUGUCCACACGGAUGCGCUCUCAAGUCGUUCAAGUGGGUGUCCGUAAAGGUCGCAUUCGUCACGUGGUGUGGCAGCUACGUUUUGACUCAACGCGUUCGCGAGGGUUGGGAGUGAAAGUAGAAGUCGUCCUCACCGCGCUUGGAGUGGUACAUCCCGCCGUGCCUUUCCAGGCGAAACGUUUCCCGUCGCAGUGGUACAGCCCACUUCACUUCACUUCUUUCGGGGAGACGAUCGGCCGGCCAGACUUUGAUCCACAGUUGGGACGCGGGAGGACAGCGAGCCUCGGUCCGGUCUAGUCCUCGGAAGCCAUGGAGCCGCUUUACGGACUUUUCGCAACGCUGCUCGUCGUUCACGGACUCGCCGGCGUGAGCGGCAACCUGGUGGCGGCCCCCGCGAAAGUGGACGCGGUGCUGGGCAAGACGAUCACGCUGGGCUGCCAUAUCCAGAUGAUGCCCAACCUCACGCUCAUCCAGACCUCGUGGGAGCGCCAACUCCCCUCCGGCCGGGAGGUGCUGGCCGUCUACCACGUGCGCCACGGCACGCACAUCUCCCCCGAGUUCGCCCAUCGCGUCUCCUUCGUUUCCACCACGGAUCGAGAUGUCAGCAUCUCCAUGAAGGGUGUGGACCUUGCAGACAAGGGCUCGUACACCUGCAAGGUGUCCACUUUCCCGCUGGGGAAUGACCAAGCGUCGACGGACGUCAAUGUAUUGGUGGAGCCCAAGGUGUACGUGUCGGCGGGGCCCGCCGCCCUGCUGGAGGGCGAGGGCGAGUCUCUGGUGGCCACCUGCAUCGCCGAGCGCGGCCUCCCCGCCGCCACCGUCUCCUGGGAGACGGAGCUGAGCGGCCGCGUGGAGACGCAGAGGCGCGAGGAGGCGGACGGCACGGCCAGCGUCAGCGUGCGCUACCUGUGGAAGCCUCGCGGCGACGCCCAGGGCAAGAACCUGACCUGCGUGGUGCGCCACCCCACGCUGGAGACCGACUUCCGCAAAGACCACACGCUCAACGUUCACUUUGCACCGACGGUCCUCAUCAAAGGGGAGAAGAAAAACUGGUACGCGGGACAAGCCGACGUGACGUUGAUCUGUGACGCCCAGGCCAACCCGCCCGUCCGGGAGUAUACGUGGGCCAGGUGGGUUGGACACAUGCCGGACGGUGUUUCCGCCGUCUCCAACAGGUUUGCCUUCACACGACCGCUGACGCUCAACGACUCGGGCGUGUACCGCUGCGAAGCCACCAACGAUAUGGGCGUCCGCAGCUACGACUUGUCCCUCUGGGUCCAAGGUAAUGUCCCGCUUCGCAGCCAGAUAGAUAGCCUGCUGGGGCGCGACUCGCGCGCGUGCACUGUCCCCGCGGCCGGCACGGCGCGCUCCCCGUCAAACUCGCCCACGCCGGCCCCCGCGCGGGACGACAUGCUGGGCAUGGUGGUGGGCGGCGCGGCUGGUGCCGCGCUGGUCGUGAUCCUGGCGCUGCUGGCCGUCUGCUUCUCCUUCCUGCGCAAGCGCCGCACCUUCCGGGGCGACUACUACACCAAGCAGUACCUGGGCCCGUCGGACAUGCAGAAGGAGACGCAGAUGGACGUCCUGCAGCCGCAUGAGCUCCAGGAGGUCUACGGAGAAAAAAGCCACAACGGCAGCCAGGAGCUCAAGUCCAAACUCUCGGCCGACCUCAUCUACGGCGGCGAGGAGCGGGGCGGCGGCGGCGACGACUGGGCCGAGCGGGAGUGCGACUACUUUGCCGACGGCUACCGCGGCCAGAAGCCGCAGCACCCGUGCGGGCCGCCCGUGCUCGCCAACGGCUCGCCGUACCUCCCGGACGACUGCCGCAACAACUGCGCCGACGGCGACUACGUGGCGCACGUGGACGGAUCGGUCAUCUCGCGGCGGGAGUGGUACGUCUGAGCUCGGGCGCCGCGCGGCGGCGGGGACCGCUCGACCGGGAUGGGGCCGGGAUGCCGUUUGGCGCCCGUUGGAAGCCCUCGGCGUUGACGCGCUGCCAAAGGGAAAAGCGUCAGGAAAACAAAGGAAAUGGAGCUUUUCCUCCACACUACUGAGAUGUGCUCGCGCUGGCACAAA